AAAGGCGGAAGUGGUCUACCCCUCCCACGUUGAAGGAAGAUUGAACCGGACUGGACGCCCGAAGUGGAAUGAGAGUGUGAUCUGGGCUGUGUGUCAUCCCGAAAGUUUUGUGUCAUUGCAUGUUUUCUUGACAGUACCGCCGACAUAAGCGCCGUGUUUGGUCCACUCACUAAGGAGGUCGAGCUGAAAGAAUGGAGAUCGAGAGAGAAGUUAAAAAGAUGACCCUGGGUCAUGACUUUGGGGCGGGGGCUGCCUGCCUCAAGUGCAAGGAGAAGUGCGAGGGCUUCGAGCUGCACUUCUGGAGGAAGAUCUGCCGCAACUGCAAAUGUGGGCUGGCCGACCACAACGUGCACAUGGAGUCGGAGGAGAGCAAGAAGGUGGGCAAGCUGUUCGAGGACACCAAGUACACAGGGCUCAUCGCCAAGCUGAAGACGGAGGGCGUGCCCACCUACAGGGGCAACAUGGCGGCCGCCUCCACGCUCAGCCCCGCCUCCUCUUCCCUGGUGCGCCCCGCCUUCGGCGGCACCGCAGCUCCGCCCGCCUCCUCCUCCUCCUCCUCCUCCUCCUCCUCCCCCUCCAACGCUGCGUCCGGCCCGUUCGGCGGCCCUGCCGGUGCUGUUGCCGGGGCCGGGGCGGCAGCCGCCCCCCCUGGCCGGUCUGGGAAGUGCCCCGCCCCCGCCGCACCCGCCAAGGUCACCAUCACCCCGGUGAAGGGCGUGGCCGUGCCGGUGAACGCCGGCACCUCGUCUGUGACGUACGAGUGGGCGCCCCCGGGGGCCAAUAAAUACAUGGCGGUGCGCUACAUCGAGCUGCUGCCCCCGGGGAAGCGUCCGGUGAAGGGCUCGGAGGGCGCCGAGUACCGCCGGCAGCAGAUGGCGGUCCAGCUGCCGGAGCACGACCAGGACCCCGCCCUGUGCCACGAGCUCAGCCCCGCCGAGGUGGCGCUGAUGGAGCAGUACGUCCGCAAGUACAAGGACGACGCACUGGGCAUGGGCGACGUCCGGCUGCCCGAGGAGAUGGCCCUGCUGCGGGCCGGGGGGGCAGGGGGGCCCGGGGGGGCAGGGGGCCCGGGAGGGCCGGGGGGGCCGGGAGGGUUCGGCGCUGCCGCUUCAGGGGCCGGUUCAGGACCGGCCCAUGCGGGGGCCGGGGGGGGUGCUGGCUAUGGGCCUGGGGCUGGGUCUGGGGGGCACGGGGCCCCUGGGUCUGGGUCCGUGGGGGGCCCGGGGCUGGGAGAGGUGGCCCGGGCUGCGGGGGCUGGAGCCCUGGGCGUCCCUGGAGGAGACGUGGGCGCAGCGGAGCAGAGCUUUUCGUGCAGCCACUGCCAGCUGCCCAUGCGUCGUGGCGAGCCGGCGGUGUACGCUGAGCGCGCCGGCUACGACCAGCUGUGGCACCCAGCCUGCUUCGUCUGCUGCAAGUGCAGCGAGCUGCUGGUCGACAUGAUCUACUUCUGGAAGAAGGGGAAGCUGUACUGCGGCCGUCACUAUGGCGACAGCGAGAAGCCCCGCUGCGGGGGCUGUGACGAGCUGAUCUUCAGUAACGAGUACACGCAGGCCGAGGAUCAGAACUGGCACUUGAAGCACUUCUGUUGCUUUGAGUGCGACUGUGUUCUGGCCGGGGAGACCUACGUGAUGGAGAAGGACAAGCCCCUCUGCAGACCCUGCUACAUCAACACCUACAGCGUGCGGUGCGUGUCCUGCCAGCAGCAGCUGGAGCCCGAGGCCCAGCGCGUGUCCUACGGCGACUACCACUGGCACGGCGAGCCCCGGUGCUUCCAGUGCUCCGGCUGCGCCAAGUGUCUGAUGGGGGAGCGCUUCAUGGCCGUGCAGGACAAGCUCUUCUGCUCCGUGGAGUGCAAGAAGAAGACGCCCGCCUGAGCGACGGAACGGCGGCCAGGCACAAGAUACUGAACCGAGCGCAAUCAAAGUGUGUGUGUGUGUGUGUGUGUGUGUGUGUGUGUGUGUGUGUGUGUGUGUGUGUGUGUGUGUGUGUGUGUGUGUGUGUGUGUGUGUGUGUGUGUGUGUGUGUGUGUGUGUGUGUGUGUGUGUGUGGAGACAAGAUGUGGCAGAUGAUGAUGAUGGUGGGAGAUAAAGGUCCCGUUCUCUCUGAACAACGGCAUUGCUUGACAUCUCUGGAAUUUGCAAUUCCAAAAAUCCACCUAUAUAAACGGUGACUAGUAUUUGAGAUAGAUAAAGUCAAUAUCUAUGCAUCGCCUUUCUAAACUGCCUUCACUAGGUGGCACACUUUCCCCACGAAUAUCUCUACAGCUUCACUCUUGGCUUCUUUUCUCUUUUUCAUUUGCUGAUGAGAUUAAUAUUGUUUGGCUUGUGAAUCAUCUCUGGCCCAGACUACUGAUUUUCUCCAGACUAACAAUACCAUUCCCAUAUGUGGUGAAGGUUCUUCAUUUGGCUGAUUUGAAAAAAGAUAUGGAUCAAUAAACUGCAGUUCAUAUUGUUCUAAUAGAGCCAUCACUCUGAAGGGAAAACAUUUGUCAAAGAACUAAAAACCUAAGUUACAAUGUAGAAUUGUAGGAUACGAUAAAAAUUGUAAGUGUAUGGACUUUAGUGUCUUCAAGGCAACAUUGGAUACUAGUAAUGACCAAUUAUGACCCAAUGUUUACAACUUAAUGACAAAAUAUCAAAUUCAAUUGAUUUAAUAACACAUUUUCUACAAUUACUUUUUGAUAUACUUUCAUUGAUUUUCAAUUGUUUCCAUUUUGUAAUCGACAGAUUUUCUAUUAAAAAAACAAAUGUCUUGACA